AUGGCAAAAGGGGAGGCUGAAUACUUCUUCACAUUCAGAACCAACGUUAAGGGACGGUGGUGUGAGAAACCGGUGAUAGAUGUCCUUGCUUCGGAAUUUAGAACAAGAACCAAGGACUAUUUUCUGUCUGCGUUGGAAUGCGGGGCAGUAACAGUUAACGAAGAGAUUGUGGAACCCGGAAGAAUACUCCGAAUCGGAGAUGUCAUAAGGCAUACAGUCCACAUUCAUGAGCCGGCACAUCCGGAAAUAGAUAUAAUAAGGGAGGAGCAAGACUAUGUUGUCGUGAACAAGCCUCCGGGGAUGCCAUGCCACCCCACCGGAGGUUAUAGAGAAUACUCGGUCACAAGAGCACUCUUUGGGGACAAGAAGGUGGCCUGCAUCAACAGACUGGACAUGCCUGUGUCCGGGGUCUUGAUUGUUGCAGUGAAAAACCAUUCUAAAUGCUUGGAAGCAAUCAGAGAAGCCAGAAAGAUCUACCUCGCAAAGGUACAAGGACUAUUUCCUGACAGCAUAGAUGUAGAUAAGAAGAUCUCAUGUGCCGAAGGAAAGCACAGAUAUGUUAGCGACGAGGGAAAGGCAUGCUUGACACUGUUCAGAAGACUAGCAUACAAAGAUGGGCAUUCGCUUGUGGAAUGUAGGCCUAUUACCGGGCGCACACACCAGAUUAGAAUUCAUCUCCAAAGUAUAGGAUUUCCAAUUGUAAACGACAUCAUGUAUGGGGAUGGGGAGUUGCCACAGCCACUUUGGGAUAGCACCUGCAAUGCAGAGAUAAGUGGCUUUGAGGAUAAAAGAAAAUACGAAUAUGUGGUAAGGAGUUGUAAAGGAAGAAACAAUAGGUCUUUCGUCACUAAGGACUACUAUAUCUGCCUUCAUGCUUGGAAAUACACAUAUAAUGGAAUAGAGUAUGUAGCCAACCUCCCAGAAUGGUGCAAGGACUGGGGCCUGGAACCAUAG